AUGUAAUUAUCAGAAAACUUGAUUGCUAGAGUAUUUGUGAUUAUUUUAUGCCUUUUGUCAAUGACAGGCUGUUCUCUAAUUUUGUGGACAUUCUUCAGAACACCCAGAUUAAACAAAAACCCAGGGAGUAUUAUUUAAAGAAUGACCAUAGCUUAGAUUAUUAUUACUUUUCUGAUGCUGUUUGCACAAUUUUAUAUUAGUUUUGAUGAUCAUCCGACUGGAGGUGCCUUUGUAAUAUCCUAAUAAUUUUGCUCAUUCCUAGGCUUCAUUGAGAUAUUUUUUUCCUCCUAAUACUCCCUCUAUAACAUCUAUUUCCCCAUAAAUCUAUACUGCUCACUCAAAACACAGGACUAUAACUUUAAUAAGUACUUUAAGUUCAUGGAGAUUUCCUCAUUAAUAUUCUCAUUUCUAUUCACUUUGACUAUGUUCUUUGUUUAGGAUGUCAAAAUAAAUGUUGUCGGUGUUUGCGGUCUAAUGAUGGUUAAUUUUUCCACCUCUUUCAGUGCUAUCUUGGUAAUCAUAACAUUAAGCAUUUUAAUAUUGCUUGUUUUCAUAAUCAACGAAAAAUCAUCAUUCAAAACCACUCUUUAUAAUAAGGAUUCAGAAAAAUUCCAUUAGAAAUAUCAUAAAGAGUUCAUUAUAGUUAAUACACUCUACACAUCAGUAUUUCUAGGCACUUAUAUGAUUCCCUCAUGUCUGAUAUUUUGGGGUUAAUUAAUUUUUAAUGAUGAUACUCACUUCUAUUCUUUUCCAAUCAUCUACCCCUUGGGAGGUAUACUACUUUUCUUCAUAAGAAUAAAUGAUCCGAUUGUCAAAAAGUACAUCUAUACUAUGAUUAUGGGAAAGAAAAAGAAAAAUCAAAAUUGUAAAUUAAAGGAUAAGCUAUUACAAAAGGAAGAUUACAAUGGUAUAGAAUAGAUGAGUAUGGAUUCUGGACUAGAAAUUAGUGUGUGCAAUAACAAGAAGCUCAGAUACACAGUAAGAGCUGUGCCUAAUGACAAAUAAGUAUAACCAGACAUCACGGUCUCCUCAGUUUUCGGAAGCCAAAUCAAACUGAUUAAGAAUAACUAAGAAUUAUUCAUUGUAUUACUUUCCAUUAAAAAUGCUAUUAAUCAUUGUAUUGAAGAGAAGUAAGCGUUACUGAAAUCUUUAAAGCCAUUUAACUUUACUCAUAUCACAAAAUACUCGCUAUAUUUGCAAGAUGACUUUAAAGAUUUGGAUUAGAAAUACAAAAAUUAUAAUAAUCUCUGUUUAAAGGAUUAUGUCAAUAACAUUUGCUAUAAGAGAGUUAUAAACUGUUACAGUUAUGCAAGCAAGACUCUGAUCCACCUCUUUAGCUAAGUGUUAAAUAUUGAUUUAAAUCAACUCAAAUCUAGUUUAAGAAUCGAAUAGAAUACAAAAAAAAUAGUCAAUUCCAAAUUACCUUAGUCUUAUGGACCCAUUUUCUUAACUUAUGACAAUUACUUUUCUAUUGAAAUCAUUUCUAAAUAACACAAACUCCUUUUAACAAAAGGGGGAGGAUUGAUGAAUAUUUGUAAACGCUAUCAAACCGAAUAUAGUAGGCAAAAAAAUGGCAAUACUUUGUUGCCUGCGAUAUUGGGAUUGUAUACAAUCUAAAUUGACGAAGAUAGAUAUAUUAACAUCGUAUUAAAGUUAAAUUAAAUAAAAAUAAACUAUCCCUUAUAAGUUAAUCAUUUCAAUAUUCAAGUGGAAUAAGAUUAAUUAAUUCAACAGGACGUAUUUGGCUGGAUAUAAUUAAGUUUAGAAAAAGGAUAAUUUAAAUUAUUCAUUGCUGAAAAGCUAUUUGAUGAUAAAUUCCAAAUCAAAAUUGAAGAUAAUGACUUUAAGCUAUCUCAAAAUGCUGCCAAAGAUUUAGUAAGUAUUCUCAGCAAGGAUAUUGAAGAGUUUUGUUUUUGUAGAAAUGUUACUAUUUCUUUGGUUUACUUCAAAUUACCCACCAAUAGACUAGAUUCUAUGUGUAAACAUGAGAACUCAUUGUCCUAUCAUUAUUAAAUUUAUAAGAAUAGUCAGUAAAUUACUCCAUUACAGAUGAAUGAAUAUUUUAAAGAUUUGGGAUAAUUUGAAUUAGAUAGUAAAAUAGGGUUUGUUAGAAUUUAUUUUGAUAACUUUUGGUAGGAAUGGGAAUAUAUCAAUGAGAAUGAAAGAUGCUUGUAUUUUGAUAAACUAGUGGAAUAGUUGUCAGAAGUAAUUUGA